AUGCUAUCGUUUUUGUCGUCAAAUAUCUCGAACGCCCGGCAAACGCUGGCUCAGGUUCUCAAUUUUGCCCUGGUCUUAUCGUCGGCCUUUAUGAUGUGGAAGGGUCUAUCUGUUUUCACUGGCAGCUCCAGCCCGAUCGUGGUCGUAUUAUCAGGUAGCAUGGAACCUGCGUUCCAACGCGGAGAUCUUCUAUUCCUCGAAAAUCGCCGUCCUCGAGCCGAAAUCGGAGAGAUUGUUGUCUACAACGUCCGUGGGAAGGACAUCCCGAUCGUGCACCGCGUCGUCCGUACAUACCCCGAGAUCGAAGGCAAGACGAAGCAGGUGAAGGAAAUUAGCGAUGCUUCUUCGACCCCUUCAAACAUGCUCCUCACCAAAGGAGACAACAAUGUUGCCGACGACACUGAGUUGUAUGCGCGAGGACAGGAUUAUCUCCACCGGGAGGAAGAUAUUGUGGGGAGCGUCAGAGGAUAUAUUCCCAUGGUGGGAUAUGUGACGAUCAUGCUCAGUGAGCACCCCUGGCUGAAGAGUGUUCUGUUGGGUAUUAUGGGGGUGAUGGUGAUGUUACAGCGAGAGUAG